AUGUCGCAGGAAGACUACGAAACCUUCAAGCUUGGGGACUGGGAGCUGCAGUCCGGAGAGAAGAUCGCCAACGCGCAUAUCGCAUACAAGACGUUCGGUGACCCAAAAUCACCAGCUGUCCUCUACCCUUCCUGGUUCUCGGGCGCUAUCUCGGAUAACUUCUGGCUCAUCGGAGAAGACAAGACACUCAAUCCGAAGGAAUUCUUCAUAAUCAUCACUGCUCUAUUUGGUAAUGGGCAGUCUUCAUCUCCUUCGAACCAGCCUACCCCCGGACCCUUCCCCAAGGUCUCUUUCCAUGAUAACGUGCGGGCUCAGCAUGAGCUCGCUACCGCGCAUUUAGGCAUCACCCAUCUACGCGCGGUUGUCGGCUGGUCAAUGGGAGGUGGCCAGACCUUCCAGUGGGCUACACAGUACCCAGGUUUCAUGGAUCUGGCUAUCCCAUUCUGUGGAGCUGCUAAGACCUCACUGCAUAAUAAAGUCUUCCUCGAAGGUGUCAAAAGCGCCCUUAUCGCCGUCAAAAACAUCCGAUCGGCUGGCCCUGGGAAAAUUGGAAUAAAUGACAAAGGGGAAGAGGCGCGUACUUGGACUGCCAACGACAAAGAAGUCGGUUUGAAGGCUUUAGGUAGGGUUUAUGCUGGUUGGGGUUUCAGUCAAGCUUUCUACCGGCACAAGCUGUAUGAGACCGCACUCGGAUAUCGAGACCUCGAGGAUUUCAUGCAAAACUUCUGGGAGAAAUGGGCAUGUUCGAAAGACCCUGAGAAUCUGCUCGUCAUGAUACAAACCUGGCAGAAUGGCGAUGUCUCCCUGCAGGAGCCAUACAACGGCGAUUUUGAGGAAGCGAUGGCCUCUAUCAAGGCCAAGACACUGGUGCUACCCUCGCAAACGGAUCUUUACUUCCCGCCGGAAGAUUCUGAGUACGAAGUUGCAUGCAUGAAGCCUGGGGUCGGAAAACUGGAAGUUUUCCCUUCCAUUUGGGGACACUGGGCGGGAGGCCCCGGUGACAGCAAAGAAGAUGUUGCAUGGCUAGAUAAACAAUUGUCGACUUUCUUCGCGGAAAACAAGUCGGAUGCGGGCUCUGCUUGA